CAAGUGAUAAAAUCCAGAUUAUUCAACAAGUUGCCCCGUCAGUUUGGACUAACCUAACUUGUUCUUCACUUCUACAGCGAGAGAAGCUGGGAUGUUAUGCAGAAUGGAAAAGUUGUUUAGCCGGGCUGUGGAUUGAGAAACUUUACAACUUGCCCAGAGCAACAGCAGAUACCAGACUCUCCUGAACCUGAACCCAGCUGUGUGUCCAUCAAGAGCCACCGGUCCAUGGAUCCACCUUUAGUGUUUAAAGGACAGCUUCCUGCAGAGACUCAUGAAUGUUGAAGGAACUUCAGGGAACAGAGGAGCUUCCUCUCCUCACGCAAAAGCUGAAACUCAGAGGGGAGAAGGAAGCACAGCAGUCACUGCCCAGUAUGGAAGUGUCGUCAGCUCACCUCAGUUUGCAGACGUUCAAGUGGGAGGAAACAUAACGCUUAAUGUCAGCAACACAUUUGUCACAUCUCCUGACAGGACAGAUGGGACGAAAGCCGUUUCUCCCAAAACCAAAGAUGGAAUUGUUCCAGUACCAAAUCCACAACACAUCUCAUUUUACCAAGGCCGUCUUCAAACACACCUUCAGGAUGGGUUUAUGUGUGCACAAGAGGGAUGGACACAGAAGAAGGAUGAACAACCUCUGGAUGAUAUCUACACACAUCUGUACAUCAGAGCUACUGGUGACAUACACAUCAACACACAGCAUGAGGUCAUGCAGUUUAAGGCGGUCAAUCCAACAGAUACAGAGACAACAAUUAAACCUUGUGACAUGUUCAAACACCCCUCUGGAAAAGACAGGCCCAUAAGAACAGUACUGACCAAUGGAAUCGCAGGAAUUGGAAAAACGUUUCUUGUGCACAAAUUUGUAUUGGACUGGUGUAACAGAGUAACCAAUCAAGAUGUCGAUCUCGUUUUGCCCUUCACCUUCCGUCAGCUGAAUUUAAAGAAGUGGAAAAAAAUUUGUUUUGCAGAGCUCAUUCAUGAAUGUAUCUGGCAGACCAAAGACAUCACGAAAGAAGCUCUCAAUCACAUCUUUACAGCUCUGCAGUCAUCAGGAAACACCAACUAUGACAAGAGUGAAUUCAAACUUCUGUUUGUUUUGGAUGGACUGGAUGAGAGUCGCCUUGAUCUGGACUGCUCCACCAAUGAAAACAAGGCAGUUGAAAUUGAUGUGACAGUGCCGACCUCAGUGGACAAGCUGCUGAUGAACCUCAUCAAGAAGAAACUGCUUCCCUCUGCUCGUCUCUGGAUAACGACACGACCUGCAGCAGCCAAUCAGAUCCAUUCUGAUUUUGUAGACAUCAUGACGGAGGUCAGAGGGUUCACUGACCAACAGAAGGAGGAGUACUUCAAGAAGAGGUUCAGAAAUGAGGAGCAGGCCGACAGAAUCAUCACCCACAUCAAGAAGUCACGCAGCCUCCACAUCAUGUGCCACAUCCCAGUCUUUUGCUGGAUCAGUGCUAUAGUUCUGGAGGAAGUGAUGAAAACCAGAGAGGGACAAGAGCUGCCCAAGACCCUAACUGUGAUGUACGCAGAAUUCCUGGUUUAUCAAAUUCAUCAGACAAAAGAGAAGUAUGACCCAGAAGAGUGCAUUCAGUACAUUGAGUCAUUAGCAAAACUGGCUUACCAUCAGUUGGAAAGAGGCAACCUGAUCUUCUACGAGAAAGAUCUCAAAGAGAGUGGCAUUGACGUCAAUGGAGCUUCGAAGUGCUCAGGAGUGUUCACAGAGAUCUUCAAAGAGGAGCGUGGGAGGAAGAAUGAGGAAGACAAGAUGUUUAGCUUCGCCCAUCUGAGUGUUCAGGAGUUUCUAGCUGCUCUUCACAUAGAGAGCGCAGUCAUUAACAGGAACAAGAAUGUCAUGUUUGAGCAAGGUUUUUGUGUACAAGGGCGAAUGGUUUUCAGCAAAAAAUCUAUGAUGUCUAAGGUCCAUAGGUUUGCUAUUGACAAGGCCUUACAGAGUCCAAACGGACACCUGGACUUGUUCCUCCGCUUUCUCUUGGGUCUUUCAGUGGAGACCAAUCACAAAAACCUACGAGGUCUGAUGAAAAAAAGAAGCCCAAUGCAGACCAAUCAGGAUCUCCUCAAAGACGUGCUGGCUCAGACAGGAAGUAGUUCACAGACCAAUCAGGAAACAGUCAACUACAUCAAGAAGAAGAUCAGUGAGGAUCUGUCUCCAGAGAGAAGGAUCAAUCUUUUUCAUUGUCUGAACGAACUGAAUGAUCGUUCUCUAGUGGAGGAGAUCCAACAGUACCUGAGUUCAGGAAGUCUCUCCACAGAUAAACUGUCUCCUGCUCAGUGGUCAGCUCUGGGCUUCAUCUUACUGUCAUCAGGUAACGAUCUGGAUGUGUUUGACCUGAAGAAAUACUCUGCUUCAGAGGAUGUUCUUCUGAGGCUGUUGCCAGUGGUCAAAGCCUCCAAAAAAGCUCUGCUGAGUGUCUGUCACCUGUCAGAGAGAAGCUGUGAAGCUCUGUCCUCAGUUCUCAGCUUAGAGUUCUGUAGUCUGAGAGAGCUGGACCUGAGUAACAACGACCUGAAGGAUUCAGGAGUGAAGGUGGUCUCUGCUGGACUAAAGAGUCAACACUGUAAACUGGAGACUCUCAGUUUGUCAGGCUGUCUGAUCACAGAGGAAGGCUGUACUUCUCUGGCCUCAGCGCUGAGUGUCAGCCCCUCCCAUCUGAGAGUGCUGGACCUGAGCUACAAUCAUCCAGGAGACUCAGGAGUGAAGCUGCUUUCAGCUAGACGGGAGGAUCCACACUGCAGACUGGACACAAUACUGGAUUAUUGUGGAGAGCAGAGGCUGAAACCUGGUCCAAGGAAGUGGGCCUGUGAACUCACACUGGACACAAACACAGUGAGCACAGACCUCAAACUGUCUGACAACAACAGGAAGGUGACAGCAGAGAGAGGGAGGCAGCCAUAUCCUGAUCAUCCAGAGAGGUUUGACUACUGGUGGCAGCUGCUGUGUAGAGAUGGUCUGACUGGUCGCUGUUACUGGGAGGUCGAGAGGAGUGGAGAGGUUCGUGUAGCAGUGAGUUACAGAGGAAUCGGGAGGAGAGGAGGUAGUGAAGACUGCAGGUUUGGAGGGAAUGAUCAGUCCUGGAGUCUGUUCUGCUCUGAUGAGGAAGGUUACUCUGUCUGGCACAAUAACAUACAAACAGUCCUCCCUCUCUCCUCCUCAUCAGUGACUUACAGAGGAAUCAAGAGGAAAGGACACAGUGAAGACUGUGUGUUUGGAUGGAAUGGUCAGCCCUGGAGUCUGUUCUGCUCUGAUGGUGGUUACUCUGUCUGUCACAGUAACAGAGAAACACACCUCUCCUCCUCCCCUGUCUCUGAUAGAGUAGGAGUGUAUGUGGACUAUCCUGCUGGGACUCUGUCCUUCUACAGAGUAUCCUCUGACAUGCUGAUUCACCUCUACACCUUCAACGCCACAUUCGCUGAACCUCUUUAUCCUGGAUUCUGGUUAGGGUGGCCUGGUUCAGUGUCUCUGUGUUCUCUGUAGGACGGAGAGUCUCCUGUGCAAAGAAACACUCACACUGCUGACCAACACAAACAAUCUCUUUGUAAAUCAAACUCCAAAUUACAAGAGAACAAUACAUUAAAGGAGUCACUAAUAUAUACACUUUAUAAUAACCGCCACUAAUCAAUGGUAAAUUGAUAGUUCAAUUUGAGUUAAUAAUAAUAAUACAUUUUAUUUAAAGGCGCCUUUCUCUGCACUCAAGGACAUCGUACAAGGAUACAUAAGACAUACAAAAAAAGAAAAAAACAACAAUAGAAACAACAGAAAGAGGCAGAGCAAUUGACAUCAAGUGGAAUAGGCAGUUUUAAACAGAUGUGUGUUGACUUGCAAUUUUAAAUGGGGAAUGAAUUGAUGUUUCUGAGUUAGGUCGGUAAUGAAUUCCAGAGACGGGGAGCAGAGCGGCUGAAUGUUCUGCUUCCUGUGAUGGUGAGAUGGGCAGAGGGGACAGACAGGUGUAUGGAGGAGGGAGUGGGAACCUGGAGGAGA